AGCACAGCACAGCCCACGGACACAACAGAUAAAUACAACUCUCUCUCUAUCUCUACUGUUUCAUAAUUUUACCUCUUUUCUUUCUUUUGAUUUCUCAUUCAUCACUUCACUACCGUUUUGUUUUUUGUUUUCGUUCUUCUCUUCCUCACUCCUUUUUUCAAACCUCGAAACCAAACAAGGGUUUUCUUCUCUUUCCCCCCCUCCUGAUUCUCCAUUUUCCCUCUAUUUCACACUCCAAUUUUCUCCUCCUUUUCAUAUUUUUUUUUCUUCUCUGAUUCUCACCAAAACCAUUUUUUCGUCUUCUGUAUUCAAGUUCCCUGGAAUUCUCAAUUCUGGGGCGUGUUCGUUUCUACACAUGUUUGGAUGAAGAGACGCAACAGGACCCUAUGUGUUGUUGUUCUCCGGUACCGAUGAUUGUUUAUGGCUGAAAGUUGCUGACUUGGUUACUGGGUUUUGCUGACCCAAGUGGUAGAAGAAGGGUAGGGGGAGGAAUCGGAGUGAUUGUUGAAAAAGUGGGGUUUAGGGUUUUUGGUGGGGGUUGUGGAAUUUGUGAUUGAAUUAGGGUUGUUGAGUGCAUGAGAGGUGGAAUUGUGUUGUUGUGAUGGAUGUGGAGGAAACUGAGAAGUUGGUGUCUUUGGACCCAGAUUUGUUGCUGCUUCCGGAGGUGUCUCCUUUUGCACUGAAAUCGAGUCCUUACGUUGUUGAGGAGCUAUUCACACAGUGGCUUUCGCUUCCAGAUACUUGUCGCCUGGUUAAGUCAUUGCUUGCUGAUGCAAAGGCAGGAGCUCGUUUGAGUGCACUUGAGAACUCAACAAAUACAAAUGCUCUGUCAAUCAACUCUCUACCUUCCUUGUUUCCUGCUGGGAGUACACCACCACUUUCACCACGCAGCUCAUCUGGUUCCCCACGUACCACAAAACAGAGAAAUAGUCCUUCAUUAGGAUCUCCACUAAAAUUAGCCAGUGAACCUGUAAGGGAGAGGGAGGUCAUUCCGCAGUUCUACUUCAAAAAUGGCCGUCCACCUCCAAGUGAAAUGAAAGAGCAUUUCAUUUAUCAAAUUGAUAGUAGAUUUUAUGGUCAUUUGGAUGGUCUACAAUUACAUGAAUUUAAGUCUGUUACAAAAGAGCUCUGCAAACUUCCCUCAUUUUUCUCCACUGCUCUUUUCAAAAAGAUUGAUGUCAAUUUUACUGGAUCCAUAACAAGGGAUCAAUUUAUAGACUAUUGGAUUCGGGGCAAUAUGUUAGCUAUGGAUUUACCCACACAAAUCUAUACCAUACUGAAGCAACCAUAUCGAACAUACCUUGUACAGGAUGAUUUCAAACCUGUCCUGAGGGAACUAUUGUCUACUCAUCCUGGAUUGGAGUUUUUGCAAACCACGCCUGAAUUUCAGGAAAGAUAUGCUGAGACUGUCAUACACAGAAUAUUUUACUACAUGAAUAGAUCAGGAAAUGGCCGACUUACACUGAGGGAAUUGAAACGUGGGAACCUAAUUGAUGCAAUACUACAUGUAGAUGAGGAAGAGGAUAUUAACAAAGUACUGAGGUACUUCUCAUAUGAGCAUUUUUAUGUCAUUUACUGCAAAUUUUGGGAGCUCGACACAGAUCAUGACUUUUUCAUUGAUAGAGAGAACCUUAUUAAAUAUGGGAACCAUUCUCUUACCUAUCGGAUUGUUGAUAGAAUUUUUUCCCAGGUUCCAAGGAAAUUUACCAGUAAAAUUGAAGGGAAGAUGAACUAUGAAGAUUUUGUUUAUUUUAUACUUGCCGAGGAAGAUAAGUCAUCCGAACCUAGUCUCGAAUACUGGUUCAAAUGCAUUGAUUUGGAUGGAAAUGGAGUGCUGACACCUAAUGAAAUGCAGUUCUUUUAUGAGGAGCAGUUGCAUCGGAUGGAGUGCAUGGCCCAAGAGCCUGUGCUGUUUGAAGAUAUAUUGUGUCAGAUUGUGGAUAUGAUUGGACCAGAGAAUGAGGGAUAUAUCACAUUACGAGAUGUUAAAGGCAGUAAACUUUCUGGAAAUGUUUUCAAUAUUCUUUUCAAUCUCAACAAGUUUAUUACUUUCGAGACUCGUGAUCCAUUUCUCAUACGUCAGGAACGUGAGGAUCCAAAUUUGACAGAGUGGGAUCGUUUUGCACAUAGAGAGUAUAUUAGGCUUUCCAUGGAAGAAGAUGGUGAAGAUAUGUCAAAUGCCAGUGGAGAUGUCUGGGAAGAAUCACUUGAGGCCCCUUUCUGAGGUUAAGGCCUAAAUGGAUAUCAUCAUAACUGCAGAUGAAUCAAAGGCUAUGGAUUCCAGCCACUGAAUAUGCAAGCAGUAUAAUAUUUGAAGAGGCUAUGUUGCCGUUAAGUGUCUACUAAUAGUGUGCUCUAGAGAGGUUCCCCUCGAAUAUGUUUAGUAUACUAAGAAUAGCUAGUGCCUUGGACAGGGUACGAGCAGGUGCAGAUUUAUUUGUUAUUGUUCAUAUACACAUUUCUUAGAAUUGUCCGUAUCAAAUUAAAUUUCUGUAAAAAAAAUUGUGGAGUUUUUCUUCUUCUUUGUUUCAUGUUUGUUAUUUUUUUUUCCUUACAAAUUUUAUCAUGGUCAAUUGUAUUAAACUUUCAACGUUUUUCUUUGUUAUACAGAGAAGAGAAAUUGUCAUAUCAUAUCCUUUAC